AUGAAGAAAGUCACAGUGGAAGUCCCCGGGUAUACCACCCUCCCACUUCAGCUCCCCUCCGACAAAAUACCAGCGACCCACUACGUUUACCUCCGCCCCCACGAGCCCAGAGUCCCAACCCCGGACUCGUCUCGCUGCCUCUUCCUCGUCAACGUGCCCAUCGACGCAACAGAAGCCCACAUCCGCCAUCUCUUCGGCACUCAGCUCUCCGCCGGCCGUGUCGAGCGAGUCUCCUUCGAAGAUGUUCCCGUGAAAAAGAAUACCGUCGUCACCGACUCCAACCUCGCCCACCGCCAUAAGAAACGGAAGCGCAUUACGGCCGACGACCUCCAGUCCCAACUAGAAAAUAUCUGGCUCCCAUCAACAUGGAACCGAGAACUUCAAAAAUCUGGGGCUCACGCUAUCGUCUUCUUCCCCGAUGUCCCUUCCAUGGAAUCAAGCUUGAAGGCAGCCUCAAAGGCUGCUAGAAAAGGAACUUCCAUCGUCUGGGGCGAAGGUCUCCCCUCAGACCGUGUCCCACCUCUCGGACUUCAGCGAUACAUCGCACACGAGCGCUUGCGGUACCCAGACCGCGCAACACUCUUGCGUACAGUCAAUGAGUUCAUGACCGUCUUCGAGGCGGUGUCCGAGGCGCGCAAGAGGGAGGAGACGAAGCGUCUUGCGGAGCCGGACGAGGAUGGCUUCGUCACUGUUGUGCAUGGGCCUAAGCUUAACUCUAUUGCCAGGGAGGAUGAGAUGAAGGAGUUGGUUGAGAGGCAGAAGAAGAAGGCGGCGGGCUUGGAGGACUUCUAUCGCUUCCAGUCUAGGGAGAAGAGGAAGGAGAGGCAGAACCAAUUGCUGAGGAGAUUCGAUGAGGAUAAGAGGAAGUUGAGGGAUAUGAGGGAUCGGAGGGGAAAGAUUCGCGUGAGUUUUUUCUUUUCCUCUUGA